CUCUUUCUCAACAAAACGGGUUCUCUCCUCAGUUUCUUCAACCUGAUUUCUCUCUCUCUCAACAAACUCAGAUCAGAUCUUUACAACAGUCUGCUCAUAAAUCUUGAUGGCUCUUGUGAUCAGCAAUGGAGCCUCAUCUUCCUCUUUCACCCACCAACCCAAAAACUUUGAUGUCUUCUUGAGUUUCAGAGGUGAAGAUACCCGUUGUGGUUUUAUUAGCCAUUUGUAUAAGGCUUUGCAUUUCGCGGGUAUUCACACCUUCAUUGAUUAUAAGCUCCCAAGGGGAGAAAAAAUUUCUACAGAGCUUUUGAAAACCAUUGAGAACUCAACAAUAUCAAUAAUUGUAUUCUCUGAAAACUAUGCAUCAUCCCCUUGGUGUUUGGAUGAGCUAGCCAAGAUUGUUGAGUGCAAGAAGAAUGACCAAUUGGUGCGACCAAUUUUUUACAAUGUGGACCCAUCAGAUGUACGUAACCAAAAUGGAAAGUUUGGAAAUGCUCUAGCUAAAUUUGAAAAAAACAUUAAGCACAACAAGAAAGUACAAAGAUGGAGAAACGCUCUCCAAGAAGUAGCCAAUAUAUCUGGUUGGCAUUACCAGCAUAGUUGCAAUGAGUCCGAUUUUAUCCAAGGAAUUGUUGAAGAGAUCUCAAAUUCUAAAUUAAAUCGCAAGCCAUUAUCUAUUGCUCGAUACCCUGUUGGAAUAAAUUAUCGUGUAAAGACCAUUCUUUCAGAUAUUGAGUCAACUGAUGCUCACAUGAUAGGGAUCUAUGGCCCUGGUGGAAUAGGUAAGACCACAAUUGCAAAAUCUAUUUUUAAUAGAAUUUUUGAUGAUUUUGAUGGAUUUUGUUAUCUAGAAAAUAUUAGAGAAAAAUCGGGGACAAAUAAUGGUGUAAUCGAACUACAGGAGACACUUCUUUUAGAGAUCUUAAGGGAUAGAAAUUUAAAAGUGGGUAACAAAUCUAGAGGUGUCAAUUUGAUAAUGGAAAGACUUUCUUUUAAGAGGAUUCUCUUAGUUCUUGAUGAUGUGGAUAAAUGGGUCCAGAUAGAAAAUUUGCUUGGAGGAUGCGAUUGGUUUGCUCCUGGAAGCAAAAUCAUUAUAACAACAAGAGACAAACACUUGGGAGCUACUCUUGGAAAAUGUUUUUCAAUGCACGAGGUUAGGGAAUUAGAUCAAGAUGAAGCUCUUGAACUCUUUAGUAUGCAUGCCUUCCAAAACAACAAACCUAAAAAAGAUUACUGGGAACUUGCAAACCAAGUUAUACAAUAUACCAAGAGACUUCCAUUAGCUCUAGUAAUAAUGGGUGCUGAUUUGUGUGGAAGAACUAAACCUGAAUGGAAAAGUGCAAUAGAUAAGUACAAAAGAAUUCCUAACAAAGAAAUUCAAAAUGUACUUGAAAUAAGUUAUGAAGGAUUGGAUGAAGCUGAGCAAGAUAUUUUUCUUGAUAUUGCAUGUUUCUUUAAGGGAUUUCCUAGGAAGUAUGUCAUGGAUGUACUAGAUUCUUGCGAUUUACAUCCAACCUAUGGAAUUCAAAAACUUAUUGAUAUGUGUCUAAUAACUAUUGAUCAAUAUGACAAAUUGUCAAUGCAUGACUUGCUACAACAAAUGGGUAAGGACAUUGUUCGAAGGGAAUCACCACAACUCCCUGGAGAGCGUAGUAGACUAUGGCAUUAUGAGGAUGUUUUUGAUGUUCUAACUGAAAAUACGGGGUCAAAAAAAAUUCGAGGCUUAAUGAUGUGCUCAGCUGAACCAUCAAAGAUUCAAUUAGAGCCUAAAUGUCUUGAAAAAAUGAAAAAUCUCAAGUUCCUUAUGGCUAGUAAUGUAGACAUUUGUGGAGAUCUUGAAUAUAUUCCCAAUGGAUUAAGGGUGCUUGAUUGGCAUGGAUUUCCUUUAUCUUUCUUACCAUCCAAUUUUUGUCCUCAAAAGCUCACCGUACUAAGCAUGCCAGAAAGUAGGGUUAUAUUGUACAAGCUUCUCAAGAGGAUACAAUGUAAAAACUUGCUAUAUAUGAAUUUCCAAUCCUGUCAACACAUUGAGGAAUUGCCUGACUUAUCGAUCGCCACCCCAAACAUAAAGCAAUUGAAUCUUCGUGAGUGUAUAAAAUUAGUCAAGGUUCAUGACUCUAAUGGAUGUCUUGAUAAGCUUGAAAGCUGGGACCUUACGGGUUGCAUUGAACUUCAAACUCUUCCAAGCUGCAUCAUGAUGAAGUCUCUUAAAUUUUUAAUUCUUUACGAGUGCAAUAGGUUUAAGAGGUUCCCUGAUAUUCCACAAGAAAUGGACAAUUUAAAGUUCCUAAGUUUGGCAUACACUGCCAUUAGAAAGCUUCCUUCAUCAUUUGGGAAUCUCAUUGGGCUUGAGCGAUUAGAUAUAGGUUCCUAUUUCUGUUCGUGUUAUCUUCCAAGUAGCAUCUAUAAAUUGCAAAAUCUUCGCAAACUCAUUCUUCAUGGCAAUGUCCAAUUUGCAAAGGACAUGGAGAUUGGUAGACAAGCACUAUGCAAUUCUUAUGGUGGCUUUUCAAAAUAUGGUUUUCUAAUGUUGAAAUUUGUAAAAAAUUUGACUUCUUGUUUCCACAUCUCAAAGAAAUGUGUAUUAUCAGGGAGUGAAAAUUUGAACCUCCAAGAUAGCAUUAUGAGAUUCAAUGGAUUGAAUUUUCUUCUAAUUGAAGAUUCCAUGUUGCUUAAGAAAAUUCCAAAGCUUCCAAAAAGUAUAAGAUCUGUGUAUGUGUCAAACUGCAUCUCUUUGAAUUCAAAAUCAUUAAGAAAACUAUUCCUUCAGUUUGGAAGAAAUUUAGAGCUUUCACCAAAUAUGAAAUGUUCAGCUAUGAAAGGCAACGUAUUUGUGGAUUCCCAUUCACAUCAGAUUGAUUACUCUUCCCAACUCUCCCUCUCCAAGUUCUUCCUAAUUGAAGAAGAGUUACAUUCAAAUCUAGAUGUGUAUUUGAUUGAUUUUGGGGAGAGAUAUAAUAUUAUAGUACCAGAAAAGAAGAUUCCAAAGUGGUUCAACCAUCAAAGCAUUGAAAGCUCCAUAUCAUUCUGGGUUGGUCCAGAAUUUCCAACAUUUGCCUUUUGUAUUGCUUUUCAUCUAGUUCCGUUGAAAGACAGUUAUGCAAAUAAUGAUAAGUGCGGUUCUCUCGGUGAUGAUAUAAUCAGUUGGGUUUGUGUUGUCAACAUUUCCAUCAAUGGUCAUAUGCAACCUUUCAUGCGGCAGCCAAUCUUUCAGGGUUUAAAGUGUGAUCAUUUGUGGUUUUACGGUGUACCUCAAAGCCAAUUGCAGCAGAGAUUUGGAGACUUGUUGCAAGGUGAUCAGAAUCAGGUUAAGGUUUCAUGUAAAAUCUCUCAUUGGACAAGUGAAUUCGGAAAAUGUGCACCUGUCAUUGCAAGGAUGGGGGCACAUGUGGAAUGCACUUGUCCUCCUCAAAAUUCCAUUAUCAUCUGUAACAACUCUCAAAAUGUUGAUGACAACUCUGACAACACUGAGCUCACACCAUUACUACAACCUGUCUCAACGGACUCAGAUGCAGGAUAA